CUCUCCGACGACCUCUCUGAUCUGAUAGGAUUCGGGUGCGAGGCUGUCCUUUGGGGCAUGUACUGUAUCCUCUUCAUCGUCUCGAUUAUCGUCAUGCUCUGCUCGUCGUACUCGCCGCGAUCGAAUAAGUUCAUUUUUUUCAUGAACUGCUUUCUUUUUACCUGUGCAACGACGCACUUUGGGAUGACUUUUAACAGUUUCUAUACUAUCCUGGGAAGCACGGGUGUCGAUGGCUAUGCGAAUGGGUCUCCUGUCGGCUUUGGCGAGAACAUCCUCAUUUCCGUCACAGACUUCGUAGGAGAAUGCAUUCUUAUGUACCGCUGCUGGGGCAUUUGGGGCGGGAACCUCUGGGUAAUAGCAGUCCCUUUCACCGCUUCGCUCACAGCCCUUGCUUGCUUCUGUGGUGGCAUCGGUCUUAUCUUGCAGAUUGCUCCCACUUCACCGUCACCCCCACCUGCAGCGCAGCCACUCGUCUUCGCAGCGUACAUUCUCCCGCUGAUCGCAAACUUCAUGCUUACGGUCCUCAUUGCCGGACGUAUCUGGUGGCUGACAGGCAUAAACACUUACACCGUCACAUCGCUCACCGGUAGGAAGAGCAUCGCGUUUAAGACCGCGAUGAUCAUCAUCGAGUCUGGGGUGCUCUAUUUCGUCGUGCAGCUCGUUUACUUGACCGUCUUUGCGGUGGGUAACAGCUCAGACCAACUCAUGUCGCUUGUCGCUGUGCAAGUCUACGGCAUUGCCCCAACGCUCAUCAUCAUCCAGGUUGGCUUGGGCUUCUCGUCUGAGGAGUCGACACGCCCGACUAUGACGAGUACCGGGCUUUCAUUCGUGCACGGAGGUCUUAGUCAAGGCACGACACGCACAACGACGAGCGCCCCGACGAGCGAUAUGCCAUCGACGACGCGCUUCGGUAACAGCGAACCCGAUAUCAUGAUCGCGGGCAGCCGAAGCAACAUUGAGUUCUCGGAGAAUCCGGAGAAGAAGGAAGCGUUCUUGGUGUCCGCUGUGUAAGCCAACCUGUCGUUUGAAAUCCCCAGCUAUAUGGCGCUCUUUUGUUACACUUGCCUUAUUCAAUUGCUUUCUACUUACU